AUGUUUCUCGUCAAACUGGUCGAGUGCAUUCUUCCGGACGGCGCAAAUAAGAGCCUGUGUGAAGAGGAGGAGAAGGAGUUGGUAAAGGAACUUAUGGCUGCGAUCGAUACGAACCAAGACAACCGCAUCGAUUUGCGAGAAAUGGCGCAACUGUUACCAACAGAUGAAGAAUUUCUUGUAAUCUUUCAAGAUGACCACAAAAUCAGAUCGAGUAUUGAAUUCAUGAAAAUAUGGAAAGAGUUUGACAAAGAUCACAGUGGCUACAUCGAGGCGGACGAACUUAAGAGUUUUCUUGCCCUUCUGAUGGGCCCAUCUAUAGCAACUGUAGAAACGUUCGAAGAGAAACUGAUGGAGUACACGGAUGCGAUACUGAAUCUAUUUGACAUCAACGGGGACGGAAAGUUGCAGCUUAGUGAGAUGUCACGGCUACUUCCAGCAAAGGAGAACUUUCUUUGCAGACCCAUAUUCAAAAAGAAGGGUUGCAUAACCUCCGAUGACAUUGAGCACGUGUUCAAAUUUUACGAUGCGGAUCACAAUGGCACCAUAGAAAAUGACGAGCUGUAUGGGUUUCUAAAGGAUUUACUGGAACUAACCAAUCAGGAUUAUGACGAUAGCGAUCUGGCUUUUACCAAAGCAGCCAUCCUCAAAGACUGGGAUCUCAAUCAUGACGGAAAAAUUAGUCUGGCAGAAAUGAGAAUGCUAUUGCUGGCUUAUAGCAUAAAUGAAGGUAAACCGAGAACCCAUCUACAGGUUGACCCACAAUCCGCCUUCUGGAGAAGACGACGCAGGAGCUCAAAUCGUCCAACGAAAGCGCAAUCUACAACACACAAAAAGGAAUUGUAG